AGAUAGAAGAGAGAGAGACACACACAGAGAGAGAGAGAAGAGAGAGACACAGAGAGAGAAGAGAGAGAGAGAGAAAUAGAGAGAGAAGAGAGAGAGAAGAGAUCAUUAAGAGAGAAAGGGGGACUUUCAAACUCUCUGAAAGAGUUAAGUGGACAGAGCAUUGCCUGCGCUCCAGCUGUGUAGUUUGAACUGAAGAGGAACUCGAAACAUGUUUUCACUCGGCUCAAGUUAGCAGAACAGGAGGAAGAGAGAGCUUGACAACUUUGGAUGAGAAACUUUGUCCGACCGCGAGCUACAGUUUUCCUCAAGCAGAACUUGCGACGAAGUCCCAGGCGCCGACGAUUCUCUCGAGGAGCGAAGAAGGGAUAUUGCAGGAGAGAGGAAGAGUCACCGAAGUGACUCAGACGUGGUAAAAGAGAGAGGGAACGGAAGGAGGGCGACCAAGAGAGAGAGAGAGAGAGAGAGAGAGAGAGAGAGAGAGAGAGAGAGAGAGAGAGAGAGAGAGAGAGAGAAAGAGAGAGAGAGAGACGUGGAGCUUGGCCGGUUCCCGAGGAUCUGGAGCAAGCGUGUGUGCGCGCGUGUCCUCACGGCUUCACGACCGCGUUGGUUCGAGCGUGCGUUCGUCAUGGGUUAGUCACAGUAGGCCGUGUCCCGAGCCCCCGGCAUCAUUUCCCGAGUCUACCCACGGAAAGAGAAACCGAGAGAAGGAAGAGAGGAAGGAGAGAGGAGGCUGGAGGAGAAGGAUGAGCGUGUACACGCUGAACCUCAGGGUCUUCUGGCCUCUCUUCACCUGCGUGCUGACCGGCCUGGUUGUCCUACACCACAUGGCUCACAGACUAAGCCCAGAGCCAGGCCCCGAACCCGGGCAAGAGGCCAGGGAGGAGGACUGCAACGACCAGGCGCCACCGGUCCUCCUCUCCCUGGCCAAACUCAUCCUGGCCGUCGUAGCUUGUUAUCUCUUCAUCAGGUUCUGCUCCGGUCGCCCAGGCAGGGCGAGGAGAGGAGCCUCCGAGCCCGCCGACACGCACCCGAAAUCGGGCUCGUCUCGCCGGGAGCUCCUGGACGACUACUAUGAGCGCUGGGUGCGUCUCUCUCCCCACGUGGUGGGCCACAGCAAAGCCAACGUGGCCAAGCUGGUGAGCGACCUGGUGAGGGCAGGACGCACCGACAUCGCCCCGGAAUCCUCUCUGGCGUUUCGCGGAGACUUUCUCCAAGUGGGCAGCUCGUACGAGGAGCACAAGGUGGGUUCUCCAGACGGCUUCGACAUCCUGGUUCCUCUGAGGCUGCCCCGGGGCCUCCGACUGGAGCCCAGGAACGAGGUGGAGCUGGGUGAGCUGCUGCUAUCUCUUAACUACCUGCCCAGCGCCGGCAGGCUCAACGUGGACAUCAUACGAGCCAAGCAGCUGCUUCAGACGGACAUGUGUCAGGGCUCAGACCCCUUUGUGAAGGUGCAGCUGGUGCCGGGCCUGAAGCUGUCCAAGACUAAGAAGACGUCGUGCAUGCGAGGCACCAUUGACCCCUUCUACAACGAGUCCUUCAGCUUCCGUGUCCCCCAAGAGGACCUCAGCGAGGUCAGCCUCGUCUUCACAGUCUACGGCCACAACAUGAAGAGCAGCAACGACUUUGUGGGCCGCAUCGUGAUUGGUCAGUUCUCCACGGGCCCACCGGAGACCUCCCACUGGCGCCACCUGCUGGCCUCCCAGCGGACAGCGGUGGAGCAGUGGCACAGCCUGCGAUCCCGCGCCGAGUGUGACCGCGUCUCUCCCGCCUCUCUGGAGGUCACAUGAUCCCUCCCCGGGGUCACGUGAUCCCUCCCCGGGGUCAGGGUGGGGCACAGGACAGAGGAGGUCGGGUGUUUAUCAGGGAGAAAGAGGCUGGGGACAUCCUUUUUAGGAAUUUCUUGGGCGUGUUGUUGAUCAAGCUGAGAGAGAGAGAAAGAGAGAAAGAGAGAGAGAGAGAGGUUUACAUUUCAUAGGCUAGCCAGAUCAAAAAUCGGUUGGCGGACAUUUUACGACGAGAAAUGCUCUUUAGUCGGUUCCUCAAAAUGGCGGUCUUCCUUCCAUCCUCUGUGUUGAUCUCCCAAGCCACUAGAACUGGACAGAGAGUGACUCUGAGGAGCUGAGAAGGCGAGCUAGUGUUUUUCCCCACGCCGACAUUGAGGAAGGCCAUCUUUGGACCUUUUGGCAACCCUUUCCUUUCCUUUAUCACAUUGAUAUGAUCCGUCAGGAGUCCAUCACCUCAAGUGGAUCCGCUAACAUUCUGCUGCUGAUAAACACAUACUGACAUUUACUUACCAGGUUUUUAAAUAACCAACAGACUGACUUAUUGGUUAUUGAGUGAAUGUUUGGUUGGUUGAUUAGAGUAAUUGAGUAAUAGGUUAGUUUACUGGUUUGUUGAUUGGUUGAUCAGAGUAAUAGGUUAGUUCGUGAAUGGAUGGUUUGAUUUGUUGGUGUUCUGGUUUA